GAUAAUCGGAGUUUAUAAUUUUUGUUUUUAAUCGUGGAAUAUUUACAUGAUUUUUUGAGCCUGCAGAAGAGCACUUUUAUUGACCCCACUGCUCUGGAGCAAUGAGCGGCUUGGCAGGGACCGUUCCCGGGAUGAUGCGUCCAACUCUCUCCCAAAACUACCCCCGCAGUGGCUUCCCGAUGGAGGUGUCAACUCCGAUGGGUCAGGGUCGAGUCAACCAGCUCGGAGGAGUUUUCAUCAACGGCCGGCCUCUCCCGAACCACAUUCGACAUAAGAUAGUGGAGAUGGCCCAUCACGGGAUCCGGCCCUGCGUCAUAUCCCGCCAGCUCAGGGUCUCUCACGGCUGCGUCUCCAAAAUCCUGUGCAGAUACCAGGAGACUGGAUCCAUCCGGCCUGGAGCCAUCGGCGGGACUAAAUCCAAGACUACAUCUCCAGAUGUGGAGAAGCGCGUUGAGGAAUAUAAACGGGAAAAACCUGGAAUAUUCAGUUGGGAAAUUCAGGAUAAAUUGCUCAAAGAGGGAAUUUGUGAACGGAACAACGUACCCUCAGUGAGUGCGAUAAGCCGCAUCAUGAGAGGCAGAUGUGGGGCAGGAGGUGACGAGGAAGAGGAGGGGGAUGAAGAGGAGGAGGAGAAGCGCGAGCAGGAAGAACACGCGCGCAGGAGCGGACACAGCAUCGAGGGGAUUCUCGCAGACAGAUCGAGUCCAUCUGAUGAAGGUUCAGAUGUGGAAUCGGAGCCCGAUCUGCCGCUGAAAAGGAAACAGCGUCGCAGUCGGACGACGUUCACAGCCGAACAGCUGGAGGAGCUGGAGAGAGCUUUCGAACGCACACAUUACCCUGAUAUCUACACCAGAGAAGAGCUCGCUCAGAGAUCCAGACUCACAGAGGCACGAGUGCAGGUGUGGUUCAGUAACAGACGAGCUCGCUGGAGGAAGCAAGCAGGAGCCAAUCAGCUCAUGCCGUUCAAUCACCUGAUCCCCGGUGGUUUUUCACAUGCGGCGAUGUCCAGUCUCUCCCCGUAUCAGCUGUCAGAGAGCACGUACCCACCCACUGGCCUUUCCCAAGAUUCGAGUCCUGUACACAGACCUCAUCCGCUGCCUGCAGGCCAUCAGAGCGCUGGAGGGGCGGGGCCAGAGGGCGGGGCUUGUCUCUCCAGUUGCCAUGGUUAUGCAGGAUAUUCAGAUACAUUUGGACCUCAUAACAGUAAUGGACUGUCUUCUCAGGUUAUGGGACUCAUAAGCCCAGCUGGAGUUUCUCCUCAGACUCAGGCUGAGUUUUGUCUGUCGUCUCUCAGCGGUGCUCUGGAUUCGUGUGGAUCGGUCAGCAGCAGCUGUUCUCAGCGCAUGGAGCCACUGUCCAGUCUACCUGCCCUCUCUAACCUGCCCAACUCACAGACCUACAUCCAGGCCUCCUUCUACAGCAUGGAGCACAGCGCCCCCCACCAGUAUAGCCAGUACGGACAAAAUUCCUUUCAUUAUCUGAAGCCUGAAAUCGCCUGA